UUUCACACAGAAUAACAGUUACUUCCAAACGUGGUACUGCCUCCAGCUUCAGUGAUCUCAGCAGAUGGAAGAACAUGGCAGACUCUAUGGAGUCAACUCCCCUGCCUUCCAUCGAGGACCGCCUGGCCGUCCUUCGCCCGUCUCAGGAGCUCCUGGAGUAUUAUCAGAAGAAGAUGGCUAACUGUGAGGCAGAGAGUGAAGAGCUGCUGAGGAAGUUAGACCUCUACAGAGAAGCUUGUGAGGGACAGCAUAAACUUGAAUGGAAUUUGCAGCAGAGGGAGGAGGAGAUUGCUGAAUUGCAGAAAGCCCUGAGUGAUAUGCAGGUCUGCCUCUUCCAGGAACGGGCACAUGUGUUACGGCUCUACUCAGAAAACGACCGGCUGAGAAUCAGGGAACUGGAAGACAAGAAAAAGAUUCAGAGUCUCUUAUCUCUUGUGGGAACAGACACUGGUGAAGUGACCUACUUUUAUAAGGAGCCUCCGCACAAAGUCAUCAUUCCCCAGAAGACUAUCCAGGCUGGAGACGUGUGUGAGCCCUCAGCUUCCAAAGCAGAUCCUAGAGGAAGCAAAAAAAGAGUAACAAUAAGAGAAAAGGAAGGCAUUUCUGAGCGUUACCAGAGGGACGUUCAAACACUCAGCCUGCAGGUGGAAGCACUUGAGGCACAGCUGGGAGAGCAGACAAGGCUUUCGAGAGAACAAGUAGAAGGGCUCAUGGAGGACAGGCGGAUUCGAAUUGACGAGAUACAAGUUCAGCACCAGAGAAAUCAAGAGAAAAUCAAAGAGCUGACCAAAAGCCUCCAUCACACCCAAGACCUGCUCUAUGAGAGCACCAGAGACUUCCUAGAACUAAGAUUUGAAAACCAAAAUAAAGAGAAGGUAUGGAUGCUUGAAAAGGAUCACUUGAUGGCAAAGAUUAACCAGUAUAGAGUGCAGUGUAAGAAGAAAGAAGACAAACUUGGAAGAGUUAUCCCGGCUUUACAUGAGACUCAUCAUACUCAAAAUGAAUAUAUUAAGUCUCUGAAGGAUAAGCUAAUACAAGAGAAAAAGCUGUCCAACAUGUACCAAGAGCAGUGCAUUUCCCUAGAAGAGGAACUUGCUCGAAUUCGGGAGGAAGAAGGAGCGAGGAGAGAGAUAUUCAAGGAUCGCUCCGACAAGAUGGGGAAGCGCUUGCAGAUAAUGACGAAGCGCUACGAGGCCUUGGAGCAUCGGCGGAUCCUGGAAGUAGAAGGCUUCAAGACAGACAUUAAGGUUCUGCGACAGAAGCUGAAAGACCUGGAGCAAAUGCUCUAUAAGGCAACAAUGAAUAGCCAUGGAAACCGAGACCUUGCCAUUCUGUGUGAAGUCCGUGAUAGCAACAGACGAGCGCACAAGAUACAAGGGGAGCUGAGGAACCUCAAGUCCAAAGUGUUCGGUCUGGAACAUGAGCUGAGGCUGUGCUGACGGCUCCUUCCAGGGGAGGCUGUCCUCCUGAAACCUGAGGCAAGGGCCCCUGGUCUCGUGAUGUGGACAUGGAGCUGUCCAGAGCAGCGGUAUCUAUUUUAAUAAAGAUGAUGUGAAGGGCCUGAUGGCUCACGCCUAUAAUCCCAGCACUUGGGAAGUUGAGGCAGGAGGAUUGCCACAAAUCCAUGGUAAAGGAAGGUGGAUCUCUGUGAUUUAUGGCCAGCCUGGUCUACAAUAGUGAGUUCUAGGUCAUCCAAGGCUAAUUAAUGAGACCCUGUCUCCAAAAAAACAAAAAUAAAACA